UUAUCCCUUGUUAUCACAAUUAGCAUGUAAGUAUCUUUCGAUACCUGCUACAUCUGUUCCUAGUGAACAACUUUUCUCUGAUGCUAGUAACUAUAUUUCAUCAAGAAGAACACGAUUAGCAUCUAGCUUAGUUAAUAGUAUCUUAUUCUUAAAAC